GCGUGUGGUAUACACUGUGUUAGCUGCUGUGCAACUAUGUGCAACUAUGAGUGUGUACAAACUAGAGCGUAAAGAAAGAAAAUGCGCUUUAUAUUUUUAUAUAUACGUAUAAAUAGACUAUAAAGAUGCUGUUUUCUCUUGUCAUUAAUGAUAUUACACGUUACCGUAACUAAUAAGAAUUAUAACAAAAUAAAUGUAUAUAUAGAAUAAUCUGACAUAACCAAAUACAUAAGUUAAACCAUGUUUUUUAAUUGUCAAUGGAUUUCUUUUCACAUUUGUUGCAAUUGUAAACGUUUAUGAAGAGUGCAAUUAUUGUAUAAAAACUUGUGUGAAGUGCGGAGGAAGCAUUGGUUUUGCACUUUUAUUUAAGUUGGAAAGUGUUGAUUAUACAUAGAGAUGACCACAAUUGUGUUUUACCGCACUUCUUGAGAGCAGUUUAAUACAUAGACAGUUAAACUAUUUGAUAGAAAUGGAACAAAAUGAGGAAGACUGGUGUGUGGAGUGUUCUGAUGAAGAAAAGUAUGAGGUAGAUGCAAAUCAUGAAUGGAAUAUAAAACCUGAAGACAUAGUCUCACUGAUUGAAGGUUUGGAAGCAAAUAAUCGUGUUCUAGAGCUUGAAUGGAAGUGUCCUGGCAGACGGGGACCUUCUCCCAUCCCUUCAAAUAAUAGACAACAAGAGCAUGGGUCUCAAGAAUACAAAACUGAAGAAAAGUCUGACUUUGACUUUAUGGAUGAGAUGUCAUCACCAAGACUGCCUGUUCGGAGAGUUGGCGAGAGCACUCUAAAAGGUAGCGCCAAGAAGAAAACUGCCAGUUUCAAUGGAGUAUUAUCGACAAUGUUGAGAUAUCGUAGACUGGAGCAACAAGAAAUAAAUUCCAGUCCAAAAAACAAUGAAUCUGCUGGAUUAAAGACGCAGCCUUCUUCUUAA